AUGCCGACCCCGCCGUGCCCGAUCCCGCCACCGCUGCCGCCAGCAGGGGCGAGGGCACCCGCGCCGUCGCACGCCGCCGCGGGCCACUCGUACUCGGCGUCGCUCCCGCCCACCUACCGCCUCUCGGCCUUCCCCGUCUCGCCCUCGGCCACCAACGACGACCAGGGCUCCUUCUCGACCCUCGCACCAGGACUCGGCCUCGAGCAACGCAGCUCUGACAGCGACGCCGACGCCGACGACGACGACACCGGCCACCGUCGACCGCCCAGCCCUCCCUCUCCCUCGACCCCCUUGUCGCCCUCCUCGCACCGCCCGACACGCACCACUCGCGGCUUUGACUGCCCCAGCACCGCACCCGCGUCGGCGCCAGCCGCAGCCGCAGCAUCGAGCGGCAUCGACCUCCGCAGCACGAGCGCGAGCAGCGCGCGCUCGUCCUCGUCGUGCACCGACACGAGCGCGUCUACGUCGACCACCACGACCGAGGACGACGUCGACGAGUGCGCGACGCCCCUCUCGAGCCUCGCCGGCUCGACCGCCUCGAUGACGGCCUCCGAGUCGUGCCGAGCGACCGCCGCGCCCGGGCACGCGCCCACGACGAGCUCGUCCGCCGCCGCUCCGCGCCCGCCCUUGACGAGCGGUGGCAGCGGCAGCGACCUCGCGGCGCGCCUCGAGUGGGGCAUGCAGGGCCUCGUCGUCGCGCCCCAGGUGCCCAAGGACGACGCGGCAAAGCGCGAGCGCGAGGCGCGCGCCGUACGCGGCGGGUGGGAGGACCCGGCGCUCGCCGCCGCGAGGAGGGCGCUGUGGGACGACGUCGUCGCCGUCGACGAGGACGAGGACGCGCAGCCCGGCGAGGUCGGGCGCGUGCGGGGCGAGGAGGGGACGGCCGAGCGGCGGCCGGGCCAGGACGACGGCGAGGCGGGCGUGUCGGUGCGGCGCGACGACAAUGACGACGAUGUCGCACGUGACGGCGACGAGGAGGAGGACCGAGGAGACGACGACGAGGGCCUGCCGCGCCCACGACGACCGUGCCACACGACGCUCGCGCCGCGCUUCUCGUGCCUGCGCCACUCGCCCUCGGCGCGAGCGUCCCUCUCGCUCCCCUCGUCCUCGUGCCCGUCGUCAUCCGACGACGGCCCUCUCCCGCCCUCAACCUCGACCUCGACCUCGCCCCUCCCGACGAGCGGCCGCCUCUCGCCCUCGGCCGCGUCGACCUCGUCGACGUCGGAAGGCGCGCCCGCGUCCGUCACCUUUUCGUGCGCGCCGCCCGAAACGUGCCCGACGUGGUCGGCCGAGGCCUACUCGCGCCGCGGCGACGCGCCCGUCGAGAAGCUCUCGAUCCGCGAGUGGAUCGAGCUCCAGGGCGUGCGCGAGGCCGUCGGCGUGUGGAGCGGCAAGAUUGCCAAGUGGGACGAGGCCCAGGUGCUUGCCGAGGCGAGCGCCGGCGCGGGCGGCGACGGGCAGCUCAGCACGCCGACGAGGGGCCGCCCGCCAGGAGGGCUCGCCGCCGUCGUCGGCGUCGUCCACAUUUCGCGCAGCACGCCGACGUCGCCCGUCGACCCGAACCGCAUGCCGUUCCCCUAGUCGUCGCCCCGUCCCUCUCUCCUCGACCGUCGUGCCCUCUCGCAACCCGCCGACCUGCAUUGUCUUUACUCUCCCCUCUCCUCGUUCUACCCCCUCUUCUCUCUUACUCUCUCUCUCUCUCGUCGUCGUCUCGCACUCUGCCUUUCGUCCCUGCUGUUGGUACCACCACGAGCGUGCGCGCUCUUCUCU